GCCACACAAAGCCAUCAACUUUUUGUACAUUUUUCACAAUUUUCACAGCUUCUAAUUGCUAAAAAACAUUGUAAAUACUAAGUUAAGGCCUCACUGCAGCGCGAUAUCACGAAAUUUGCCAGAAAAUCGUGUUAGUUACAGAAUUGGCAUUCAGGAAGCGCAAUAUCGUGUAUUUCAGUGAUACGAGUGAGAGUUAUUCACACAAAAACAGACAACCAUCGAUUGUUGUGACGCCAUAAAUGACGAAACACUUUUGAAGAGACAAAUUUCACUCGAAAAUCGUUACGCGUGCGGAUUUCACUAUGGCUGCAAUCGUCGACGAGCCUGCAAAGCUGGAUCCGGUACGUGCACAAGAGGUUUCCGCCGAAUAUCUGUCAAGCUUGACAGAUCUAACGGUCAACAGCAAACCCCUCAUUUCGAUGUUGACGAUGCUGGCGGAGGAAAAUAUCGAAUAUGCCUCCGUUAUUGUCGACACAAUUGAGCGUCACAUCGUAACAGUGCGUUCCGAGUAUAAACUCCCCAUUUUAUAUCUAAUCGACUCGAUUGUUAAAAAUCUCCAACAGUAUCGGAAACAUGUCAACAUGAAAAUUGUCAACAUUUUUUGCGAGGUGUUCAGCAAAGUGAACGAACAGAUACGCGCAAAGAUGUUUCAGCUAAGACAAACGUGGAACGACGUGUUUCCCCAAACAAAAUUGUUCACGUUAGACGUGAAAGUCAAUCAAAUUGACCCAAAUUGGCCCAUUACGGCACAAAUUCAACCAAAGUCACCCGCCAUCCAUGUCAAUCCGAAUUUCUUCAAAAUAAAACCCGCACCUGGCACCCAACUGACUGACGAGCUGAAGAAAAAACAAAUCGAACUGCUCGAGCUGGAACGCAAAAAGCAAGAACUCGAACGUUCUGUCACAAAAAAGACACAAAAUGUACAAAGUCAGCAAAAAUUGGCGCCAGCUGUGGGUCAAAUGCCAUCUGUGACGACGCUCCCGAAAAUUCCAAAGGUUUCGUCGUCAUCAUCUCGUAAAGACCCGCGUCUCAACAAGCCAAGUAGUACAAGCAGUAGCUCAAAUCGUGUCACGAACGGCGAUUCAAAAGAUAAAGACAAGAAAAAACGAUCUGACAGCAAGUCAAAAAGUGAUAGAAAAGACAGUGAACGCAGCAAAAGUUCGAGCAAUAGCAGCAAAAGUUCACCGUCGAGCGUUACAAAGUCAAACAGUGAGUCGAGUUCGGCAUCAACGACGUCGCCAAAUAAGAAAUCCGACAGAAAACGACAUCGUAGUCCAAGUAAAACGGAAAAACCGAAACGUUCGCGGGAGAGAUCGCCGGAAAAUGAGAACAGCAAACGCGAGAAAAAGUCGUCGUCUUCAUCUUCAACAUCACAUCGAAGCAGUGACAAGAGUAAAUCGUCGAAGGAUUCGAAGCCGCAGCAACAACAACAGCAACAGCAACCUCUUCAACAAACAGGGGACGUGGAUUUGCGAGUCCCGAUAAAACCAACAGCUGAUGUGGAUUUGCGUCAAAUGCCCGUUGUCGAUAUCACAGAUGACGACGACGAGAUGACGCCAUCAGGCAAUCACAUCGACAACCUUUUCGGCAAUCAGGACUUGGAUCUGCGUACAAUGGUAGCAAAACCGCCCAUCAUUGGUCACAAAACUGCCAAAAACAUGAGCAAAUUAGCAGAAGUUCGUGCAAAAUUGGCAGCUGACAUGAAGCAAAAGGACAAUUUGGGUCGCCCAUUGUUGUACAAACACAGCAACGAUCCGCGCAAACGUCAACCUUUACGACCCGUCGAAACAAUCGUGCUCGAUUCCGAGGAAGACUUGAACAACAGCUUGUCACUCAUCGUGAAUCAAGCGAACGAGCAACUUGCCGCCAACCAAAUCAAUCACGACCAAUACAAAACGCUCGUGCAACAAGUUUGGCACAUCAAUGAAAAAAAUAAAAUUCAACUUGCGAAGCGACGUGAAUCGCAACAAGGUCGAAGUCCAUUGCCGGAUCCCGAUAUCGUUGUCGAUCGCCUCAUUGCACUCGAUCAAGUGAAAGCACCGCCGCCAGCGAUUCCCCUGAUUCCCGGAUUGUUCCCGCCGCCAACGAAUGUAGUGCCGCAACAACCUGUCGUCGCGCCAGCCGUUCUUGCAGCAGCUGCGGGCAUCACGUGCGUUCAACCUGUCACCAAUGUCGUCGAUACGUGCUUGGAUGACCUCGUAAGAACCAUCAACAUCGAUGGCGUGCCCCGUGACAUUCGUUUCUACAACGAGACUGCCGUGGUUUUCAUGAAUAACGACGAUCCGCGCGAAAUUGGCUUCGAGAAUGGACAACGACGACUCACCAUCGACGGGCAGGAAGCAACGUAUCUCGCCUUCAAUGACGUCUACAAACCCGUUUCCAUACAGGGACAACUGCAUCACGUGAGACUCGGUGCCCCGACGCGCGAGCUCUAUCUGGACAACAUGCCGUACGAGUGUUACAUUGGCGGGCCCGCAUUGCCGAUCCUCAUUGAUGGCGUCAUCCGGAUGAUUGGAGUCGAAGGACCCGAACCAAAGGUGAAAAUUGGCGAAGAACGGAAGGAUUUGUGUCUCGGCAAGAUCCAAAUGAUCAUCGAUGGCACAAUUCUCAUUCCCGUGUUUCUCGACUCGAAAAUGCAAAACUUCGAGUUGCCCGAAACGGGACGUCACACGUUGCAGAUCGCCGACUACUUGCAAACCAUUCUAAUUGAUGGCACUCCCAUUCUGAAUGUGGAAUACGGAGGCUUGCCAAAGUCAUUUAAGAUAGGCAAUAAAGUACGAUUUAUUCGUUUUACCACUUUACCCAAAGGUGUUUCCAAGGGAAAGCCUCUUAGCGUUAUGAAACCAAAUCAAAUCGCGACUUUACCGUCGACGUCGGGCGUCGAUGCGUCGUCAACAAAUGUCCCUCUUAACAAUACGCAAGUUCCUGCCGUUACCUCGACACAAGACGUUUCACAGCCGACGGCUCCGGGUAUCGUGCCUGCACUCAAUAACCUCAAUAUUGACGAAUUAUUCCAGCGUCUUAUCUCAUCGGGCAUCAUUGGGGGCGACAAGAAGCCUGAAAAUAGCAAAAAAUCCGAAGAAACGCCUGCAACUCCUGUCGCCGAGCAAAAACCCAAGGAAGAAAUUCAUAAAGUUGACUUGAAAGAUCCGAAAUCGAUCAAGCAACGCAGUAUGGGCAUCGUUGACACCCUCUAUAAUGGCAUGCAAUGCAGCAGUUGCGGCGUUCGCUUCCCGCCCGAACAAACGAUGAAGUACAGCCAACAUUUGGAUUGGCAUUUCCGACAAAAUCGACGCGAUCGCGAUGCCAGUAAGAAAGCGCACUCCCGAAAAUGGUAUUACGACGUCAGCGAUUGGAUCCAAUUCGAGGAAAUCGAAGAUUUGGAAGAGCGCGAGAAGAAUUGGUUCGAAAAGCAUGGCGCUCAAGCGGAAUUUGACGUCGAGGAAAUGGAAAAAUCCCCAACAGAGCAAAUGUUGAGUUGCCAAGCGGGACCCAAGGGCGCCGAAGAGACAUGCGAAGUGUGCCAAGACAAGUUUGAGUACUUUUUCAACGAAGAAAACGAAGAAUGGCACUUGAAAAAUGCGAUGCGCGUCGACGAAAAAUGCUAUCAUCCAAGUUGCUAUGAAGAUUUCAAGUCGGCACUUGAGCGUGACAAAUUGGCGGCGGAAAAAAUGGAUACUUCGGCGAACGAAACUGUCGAAGAAAGUAUGGAAGUGACAGAAAAUUCGGUUGAAGAAGUAGAAAAAGUUGAACCGAUGGAAGAAGAAACGGAAAAAAUCGAAGAAAAAACUGAAGAAAAACCAAAAGUUGAGGAAAAUGGCGAGUCUGAUGAUAAAAUGGACGAAACUGACGACGAUGAUGUGAUUGUUUUACCGCCCCAAGCCCCCGUUGUCACGGAAAUCUUGGAUGACGAUGACGACGAGCUCGGAUACAAAAUUAACGAAUACGAAGACACGACAAUCGAUUCGCCCAAAAUCGAAAAUUCCAAGGAAAAAUCCAAGAGUCCCGUUGAGGAAUACCAACCAACUGAUUUCACGGAGGUAAAAAUCAAACAAGAGCCCCUUGAUGAGCCCAUCGACAAUGACGACGACGCAUUCGAGGAUGUUGGCACGAUGGAAGUGAGUGUUUUGGAGGAAAUUGACGAAAAUACGCUCGAUUCUCCCGCUGUCGUUCUCUCCACAAUCGACGACGAAGCAAGUAACGCGUCACUUUUGCGUGACGAAAGUUCGCAAGAUCCCACGACGACAACUGCCGAUCCGAAUGCCUCGUUAGAGCGAAAUCUCUCAAUGACGCAAACGUAUGCCGCCCCCGCCCCCAUUGUCAAUCGCAUAAUUGUCAACAUCACAAAACCGCUCGGAGCACGAAGUCCCAAAGAUGCGGAAACGCCCGUCGCGAGUCCCUCAAACCACGAUGAGACAACGCAAGAUGGCGUGCCCGAAGACGAACCCGAGCCAGAAUACGAGGUAAAGCCCCAGCUGAGGGACAUUCAGUUUACGAAGCUUCCUACGGCGGAAGUUGGCUAUGAAACGUCUGGAUUGUGUUCCAUCAUGUAAAUAAAAAUAAAAAAAAAUCCCCUCUCGUCUCUUUUAUUUCAUUUCACUUUAAUAACAAUGAAAUUUCGAGUAUUAUCUAUUUUUUUAAUGAGUCGCACCGCCAACCACAAUGGAGAUCGUGUGAUACGAAAAAAGUUAUUGCAUUACGCAAAAAUCUUAAUAACUAAGAAAUCAUGAACUAAAAAAGAAAAAAAAAAUAAUUAUUACAAAAAAAGGAUAAAAAAUAUAUGAAAAAAAUCAAAUAAAAAAAUAAAUGGAAUAUUAAUACAAUUACAGUGGUUUAUAUUUAUUAUUUUUAAGUUUUUAAGCUUUUUU